GGUAGCCAGUACCCUCCAGGCAACACUGAAAUCGUUCCGUGAACGCUCGUGUUUACGCGCGGCCGCCGAGGCUGAUGCCUCCACGACGGCUGACAACGACGGAAUCCCGUUGGUGGUCCAAAGUGGCCACCGACUCCAGCCACCAUGUCGUAACAUGAUGGGAUACAACAACCAAGGCAACGGCUACAACAAGUUAUUUACUCAGGGAUCGGCGGAUUCUAACUAUUCACAGCCGUCUUCGGAGCUGUCCUUGGACGAGGACAAGGAAUCACAAAGGAGAGAGAAGGAAGCGCAAGCCCUGUUGCAGCUAGACAAAGCGAGGUCGAAGCCGGUGGCGUUUGCCGUCCGCACCAAUGUCGCGUACGACGCGAACGUCGACGACGACUCGCCCGUACACGGCAGCGCCAUCUCGUUUGAUGUGCGCGAGUUUCUUCACAUUAAGGAGAAAUACGACAACCAUUGGUGGAUCGGUCGCCUCGUGAAGGACGGAUGCGAUGUCGGGUUCAUUCCGUCUCCGGUGAAGUUGGAAUCAGUUCGGGCUUCGCUUGCGGCGAGAGGCCGGUAUCCCCGGCCGUCCUCGGGCCUGGCCCCACAUGGCCCUCCGCCGAUGAUACCGAGCCGAGGUAGCACUCCCCCCACACCCGAUAUCGCAACAUAUGACAGAGGUGAAGAUUCAGAUACAGCAGCUAGAAAUCGUGGCGCUGGAGCUGCACUUCCCACGGGAAAAGAGAAACGAAAACCUUUCUUCAAGAAGCAGGAGGUUUCAUCUCCGUAUGAUGUAGUCCCUUCCAUGCGACCUGUAGUGCUUGUGGGACCGUCAUUGAAGGGCUACGAGGUCACAGAUAUGAUGCAAAAAGCGUUAUUUGAUUUCCUUAAAAGACGGUUUGAAGGGAGGAUCAUCAUUACUCGGGUUUCGGCAGAUAUUUCUUUGGCAAAACGAUCAUUACUUAAUAAUAAUAAUCAGAAGAAACCACUUAUGGAUAGAGCUAAUUCCAGAUCCAAUUGUCUAGCUGAAGUUCAGACGGAAAUAGAGCGGAUAUUCGAGUUAGCGCGGACAUUGCAGCUAGUGGUCCUGGACUGCGACACUAUCAACCAUCCCUCCCAACUCGCUAAGACUUCACUCGCACCUGCUCUCGUUUACUUGAAGAUAUCUAGUCCUAAGGUGCUACAACGGUUAAUAAAAUCUCGUGGCAAGGGACAGAGCAAAAAUUUAUCCGUACAAAUGGUGGCUGCCGAAAAACUGGCGCAGUGCCCCCAGGAGAUGUUUGAUGUAGUGUUGGAUGAAAAUCAACUCGAAGAUGCUUGUGAGCACAUAGCUGAUUAUCUAGAGGCGUAUUGGUUAGCAACUCACCCACCGCCUGUCACCGCUCCGAGUCGAGCGCCACCACUUCAUCAGGCGAAUCCACACGCUCCACGUCAACAGGCGGAACCAGAUCCCCCUGCACACACCGGAGGACACCGGGAAAGGUCUGACUCGUACAAUUACGAAAGAGAGAGAGGGAGUAGGUCACGAGCGGCACGUCCAGAGCGACUCGAAGAGGAGUAUUAUCCAAGGGAACAAUAUCAUAGGUAUCCCCGUGAUUAUCAGCGAGAGUAUCGCGAGGAUUAUGGCCAUGAUUAUCGGGGCGAAGAAGCUUACGGCCACGACUACACUCGUGAAUAUAACCGAGAGUAUCCACGCGAUGAGAGACAUCUCUCCCGUGAGGAGAGGAGUUCACGUGGCAGGGAAAGAGAACCACCUGAAGACUAUGGACCUUCGAGGCGUGCUCUAAACGCUCUUUAGCCUCUGCUUUCAGUCUUCGCAUUGUAUCGCACUCUUCUGACUUGUCGCUCAAUAAAUGAUGACUUCAAGCUCAAUCCAGACUUCCUGGAAAGCAUUGCAGUGAUUUAUGCUUUAUGAAUCAUGUGGAUUUUUAUAUGGCCAAGAAGAUGAUGCUCAUUUUUAUGACUAUUUAUGAAAAUCCUGGUCACCUAGAUAAAUUUUACAUCUAUUAGGACAGUUAUACUGGCAAUACAUCGAAUAAUUUUUGAUCACUUUAUGCACUUUCAUAGACAAAUUUGUCACUAGUUCUGAUGUAGCAAGAAAUUUUGAAAAAAUCUGCGAUAGUCCAAGUUAUUGGGAUACAGUGCGAGGAUUUGCACAUGGUGCUUUAAGACCGGUUGUUUUGCCUAUUUUUGUGUAUUGAAAAGUUUAUAGUAAGUAAUAAUAUUUAUUGCGCAAUCCACUGGGAUACGCCAGUAUAGACGCUAUCUCAAUUUUACUGAGCUGCACUAUCGUGUCGUGUGAUCAUGGAAGUAAUGACGUGCUCUCAUUGUAAAUUAUUAUAAAAUGUGAAAAUUUUGCCUGACUUCGUAUUUCGGGACUGUAAAUUAAUUGUACUAUUAAAUUUCUUAAUAAUAUGUCUCUUGUUGUUAAAGUAUAAAGCUUUGUAUUACAAACAUAAUAAUUUUUGCCACACAGAUUCUAAAUUAUUUCAUUAAUGUAUAAGUGCUUUAGGUGUUAAAUUUGGACAUUUGUGGGCAUUAUGAUAAUGAUUUAAGCCACAAUCAUUUAGGUAUUGAUAAUUUUUAUGUAAACGCUGUAUAAGCUGUUUUACUUAUUUAAUUGACUGAAAACAACAGUUUUAUAGUGUUAGUCGCUUUUACAUGCUGAUUUAUGAUCUAGGGGCACACGCGUUGAUAAACUGAUUCAAAUUUUAAACACCAAUGGCGCUAUCUAUAGCUUGAUCAUUUUGCAAUUCUUCAGAUCUCCAAAGAGUUUCUUAUCAUUGCAAACUCUUUAUUACGAAGUAAAAGUUUUGAAAUUUUAAUGACUCGGCUUCAUUACAUCUCCAUUUACCAAUGGGAGGUUCCUUUAAACAGGGAGUCGGAUAGAUUAUGGGUACCACAACGGCGCCUUCUAUACUAUAUUUCUGCCGUGAAGCAGUAAUGUGUAAGCAUUAUUGUGUUUCGGUCUGAACGGCGCCGUAGCUAGUGAAAUUACUGGGCAAAUGACUUAAAAUCUUACGUCUCAAGGUGACGAGCACAAUUGUAGUGCGGAUUUUUUGGGUUUUACAAGAAUCCUGAGCGGCACUGCAUUGUUAGUGAAAGGGCGUAUCAAUUACCAUCAGCUGAACGUCCUGCUCGUUACUGGCAUGAAAAAAGAAUAUUUAAGGUCUCCGAAGAACUUUUUUGUGCUCGUCAGCAAACUACAGAACUUCCUUCCUCCGGCGGUAUAUGGAGGCCGAUAAAUCUCAAUGUAACGGCCGAUAAGAGUACAUAGCGUACUGAAUUCGAUGUUUUAACGUCUAAAGCACUCUGAGGCUGUAAUCUAUAGAGCUUACUUAGACUUUACUUACUUAAAACUUAGCUGAGUUCAAAAUUACCACAAACUUUAAUCAUUGGCAUUUGACAGCUAACAUUAAUCUGAGCUUAACCUAAAACAGCACAAUAGAAAAGUAUAACAAGCUCUUCCAAUAGAUAGUACCUAUACUAAAUUAUAACAGUGUACAAAUAAUGAAACUUAUUUGAUUAUUAGUUAAGUUAUUGAGUUAAAUUGAAAUCGAUUAAUGACUUAUGGAGAAAUGCGGUAAAAGGUAACUAUGAUUUGUAUGGCUUCGAAAGAGCGCCAUCUAGUGACAGUAAAGGAAAACAUCAUCGAAUAGGUCAAAAAUGUCACUCUUGGCACUCGGAACGCAUUUUUAGAUGUGUGACAGCUAUGGGUGUCAGCAAAAUUAAAAAAAAAAAAAACUUAAAAUAUUUAUUGUACACAAACGUUCAUGACAGGUAACAACUAACUACACCAAUCACUGACCUCUACUAUGUACCACUGGACUGGCGGCUGUCAGAGUGCUUUUGUGCCUGUUUGAUAUUCGCCAUUUUAGCGCUGUUGGCCAUAGCGAGAGUCUGCGGUACUAAAACUACUGUAGACAACCUCAAAAAACAUCGAUAGAUGGUGGAAAAUGAUUACAAAAAAAAUUGUGUGCUUUAAUACGUUGAUUCUUGAAGUAUAAAUAAAGCGGAAAACGAACGAAAUUAAUUCAAAAUGCAAAAAUACUCCUACUUUACAGCCAUUUCCAUUACACCUCAAAAUUAGUUCUCUGUACACUCGCGAGUGGCGUUUCAAAUAAAAAAUUUGCUGUCAAACACAUGGAACAGCCUGUCUAGUGGUAUACAGGUCAGUGACACCAAUGCAUGUAUUAUACGGGAAAAUUAAAACGUCGUACAACUGUUGUGAUGACGCAAAAAUUGUUCAUUUCCUUAGUGUUCGGCUUAUAAUCUCAGAUUUCCUAUCGUCGUGUCUAGAUAUGUCUGAGCAAAGUCUAAAUACGCUUUAUAAAUCUCAGCUUAAGUCCUUCUAUUAUAUAUUUUAUAUUAAUUAUUUAUUGAUAAGACUACACGUGGUAUGUACAUUAUAUUUCAUAAGUAAAGUUAAAUAAAUUAGCCAGCAAUAUUUCUGCUUUUUGUAUAUUUUUUCGAUAAUAAUUAAUAAAAAUAUAAUAUAUUAAUAAAUACAUGGCUAUUUCCUACCGAAAAAUUCUCUUGUUAUCUCAAGUUACUGUGCACGUAAGUUGUAGGUCACUAACGGCCGUUCCCAAUAUACUAUCUACAGAUAGAGAUAAAUUACUACCUUCUACUGUCAGUAAUUAGCUAUCAAUAAUCUGACUCUGUCUCAAUAUACAUGAUAAGUCAUUCUUAUCGCCUUAUAUUGGGAUGCGUGAAUUUCAAUUUUCAUACAAACUUCUAUCGCUGGUAAGCUAUACGUCGUCCCAUUGACAGACAGCGUGUAGGGAUAAGGUGAGUUACCGUCGAUAAGUUUAUUGGGACAGAAAAGUCAACGAUAGUUACGAUUUUUAUCUCAAGUAAGAGAUAGACUGAAUAUUGGGAACGGUCUUAAGUAAAUCAUUACUAUUUGAAUGUACCUUUCCGUUCCGGGAAAGUGAUCGCAUAUGCCUCAGAUUGGCGUGAUUCUGACGCUCGCGAAGCGUUCUGUCAAUGCAUAUUAUUUUACGUGUAUUAAUAGAUUGCUUAUAGCUAGGAUGAUUUGAGUGAAUGUAUCAGAAAGCUAUUGAAUCAAGCUAUAAGACCAUGCAAAAUAUACCAUCUUAUAAACAAAAUAAGGGUCAGAAAUUAUUGACGGAAUAGUGUGCCAUUCGGCCCUUUCGAUUUUGGUGUAUCUGUGAAAUCUAGUGUUUUGGGGAACUUGCCGAUUUCGGAAGGAUUAAAUGUUAAAUGUUUGUAAUAUAUUUUUCGCCGAAAACAUAUGAAUGUAUUGUCUCUGUAGUUAUUACUUUAUAUUGUUACUUAAGACAAUUAUUUGUUACCAUACAAAUAUUUAUUACUUUCUUUACAAUGUUACUGAACCCAAAAUUCUUUGUUAUAUAAUUUAUUCUGUAUCAUCAUCGUUUCUUAGUAGCCUUCUAUCUUUUUCAGGAAUAUUUUUAAUUUGUUUAAUAUAUCACUGAGUAAUUUCAAGAAAAAUUAACAAUUUGCAAAUCACAGUAAAAUGGGCAAUCUAAAAUUAAUGUUUUGUACUUAGAUUAAGGAUUGUUCCCCCCGUGUUCCAACUAGAUACCGCACUACCCAAGAACGUCAUAUAAAGCGUGUUUUUUAGUUUUUUUAAACUAUAACUUCUUUAUUACGGCAACUAUUAGAUGCUUGUGUGCGUGGCAUCUUGACACUCAAUGGCAUCUUUCAAAUUUUGUAACAUACGCUUCGUGUUAUUUUACAUUGAAAUUAAUACCACAAAAUACUAACUGAUGAUAUGUGAUCCCAGUGUCUUUCUUAUUUCUUGUAGUAUUCUUUUUACAAAGUUUUACUACGCAACCCAAAGUUUAACAGAACGUGGCACAUCAACGUCACUCAUUGUUCGAGACUGGCACGAGUACGCCCACUUGGACGUAGUAUUGCCUCACUUUGCUGUAUCUAGUUGUAGCGCAGCGGAGGCCAAUCCUUGUAGUAAUAAAUUAUAUUAUUGUACUUUCAAGAUUACAAAUUAGAAUUAUUCUUAGUUGGUACAGUUUUCCAUUGAUAUUAAAAUAAUUUUAACGAACAAAUUGUUUGUUACAAAAUUGUUUCGAGGUGAUAUAAGAGAUGUUUAUAAAGUUAUAAAAUAUAUGUUAAAAUCGUUUAAGUUCAUCCAAGUUAUAUGAUGGAAGUGUUAAGUUGAUAUUUGAAGUGAACCUUAUUUUAAAUCUCUUCAAAUUAGUAAGGACCCUGGAAAGUUAUUACCAGUCUUCCAAAUGGGUUCUCCGUGUUGUAACCAGGAGCCCUAUUACCAAAAUCGAAAUACGAAGUUUCGGUUGACGGAUCAUAAAUUUUCCUAUUACGAAAGUGUUUCGGACCCGAAGAUCGAUACGAAGUUCGCGAUUAGACAUUUUGUCUUUCGUUUAUUUUAUUUUCGUUUACCUUAUUCCCAAAUUCACUUGUCAUUAACAUUUUCAUUGUUUGAAUUUAUUAUGAUCAUACUGCUUAACUUCUAAUGGUAAUGUACAUUGUUCCGAAACUAAAUCCAUCCGCACUAUUCGGAUCCGAACUACUUUGAUAGUAGGAUUUUAGGGCCGGACUGGUAGUUUGUGAAGCUUCAGCACAGUACACAUAUGUAACACUAUGGAAACUAAGCCUUGUUCAUAUAAUACUUACCUACGCGUGCCUACACUUCAUUCAAGCAAUAGGGUUGUCAGCUUAAUUUUCUUACCAAUUUUAAAAAAGCGGGAGGUUCGUUAGUUUAAAAAACAAUAGCUCCGGUUUUGAUGGAGCCGACUUCAAAGAGCCGUAUACCACGCAAUACGCUGGCAUUUUUAAAAAGAUCGCGGAACCAAAUAACAAUUUGACACUCGUCUUGACGCGACACUCGCUACUGCAAGACCGCGAAAACAGCUUAGGGGCCUCGUCGAUGCUCAUGUUUGUGUGAGAGUGUCAUUUCAAACGUUUGUAGGGAGUUUCCAUACUGUGCAUAUGUCUACUGUGGCUUCAGGCUAAUGCUACAAGUAUGUUACACCAUACUGGAGUGCUAAUACUACUAUUAUUAGCCAAGCACCUACCUAAUUAACGAUAGUGUGUAAUAUGUAUGUACUCGGUGUGGGAAAAGAGCAAUUUUUUUUUUAUUUAUUUAAAAAAUAUGACUUUGACACAUAAAGAGCAGCUAGCUAUAAGACAUUAUUGCAAAAGAAACCCAAAGGGUAUUUUUGUUCUUUAUAAUAAUAAUAAGUGCAGUAAGCUCUCAUUUAGAUCUGUCCUUAGUUUUGAGGCUAUUUGAUUACCACCAUUAUGGUUAUAUGUUUUAUGUACUAGAGAAGAACUUGGCUUGAUGUUUGUAACACAAGUUAUGGACAGCUGUCGUCAACUCAAUUAGUCUAUGAUUAAGCAUUUGUAGCAAUAAUACACAUUUUAGUCUUCGUGUCUAUUAGUCCGUUGAAAUGUUACAUGAGCUUUGCAUUUUUUAGAGGGCGCAAUUUUAUUUUUGGGAAAUGUGGGGGUCAGUAUAAGCUAAAAGCCAAGUUUGUGGGGUUGCCGCCCUUGUCGCCCGGCCGCCAUCUUGGAAAAAGGGGUGCAAACACCAUUUUCGCGAUAUCUCUGAAACUAUGCGUCCUACAUUUUUGUAGUCGUUAGGACAUAAUUUGUGGCAAAUCCCUAAUUUCCCAAAUGUAUAAAAAAGUUAUAGAUCAAGAAAUCAUUUUUUUUUAGAAAUUUUCCCACUUUUUUGCUUAUAACUUCUUUAAUUUUAAAUUAAGGGCAUAAAGUAUACAUAUUUCUAGGAUUUGCUAGAACAUAUGUCCCAAAAAUAAAAUUGCGUUGUCUAAAAAAGCAAUAUUCGGUUCUAAAAGUGUAACAUUUCAAUGGACUAUAUUGAGAUAUUGGAACUCUCAAGACACAAGUGAUGGUCAAAGAGUGAACUUUUACCAGUAAUUUUGAACAUAUUUCCUCCCAAUGUAAUGGGUAACGACGCGUCAUGAAGUUGUUGGCAACAGCUUGUCCGAAAUAGCUUCUCUAUUACGUAGUCCAUAUUAUUCCAUAAUUACCUCCCAUACACAUAUUUAUAUGGUAAUCGUAAUAGUUUUUUUUAAAUUUGCAAAUUGCAUAGUAAAAUAUUUAUGUGUAAAGACUAAUGACCAAUUAGUUUUGUUUUAAAUAAAUGUUUAUGGAUGUUGCGCACUCGAUGGAUUUAUGUAAUGAGUGAAAUAUGCGAAGGACAAAAUAAAUAGACAUUAAAUUAGGUAUAUAUUGUAUGUUUUUCAAGCAUUAUAGCUUGGAGAUUUUAGUUCUCUAGCAACGUUCGACCGGGGGGCGAUUUUUGAGCUGUCACACACGCCAUUUUUUCACAGUUUUUUUUUUCACAAUUAUGGCAUUUUUUUAGUAGGACUGUAUUAUAAUUAAGAUAAAAUCAUAAAUUUUACAUGAGACCACACUGCUUUGAGUUACCUAACUGGAACCAAAGAGUAAGUAAAAUUAACGUACGAUAACAGUCUUAAAUUUUAAACAGUGUUGCCAUAAGGCAUAUUUAUGUUAGAAUAUUUCUGAACAAUGGUAAUAUAUAAUUAAUAUGUUUAUAAGAAUUUUAUGGUUGAGUGGUUUCAGCCACUAUGUAUUCGGGCGUUCAACUCUCAAAAAUCGGCUCCCAGUGUUAAGAAAAUCGUUAUAUUAUGUUUUACGUACAGCCGUUAUAAAUAUUCAAUGAUGAAUUCAAAAUUAUUUUGAAUCCAGAUUUGAUGUCACCUCAUUCGUCGAUUGAUUUUGAAUCUGCAUUAUAGUGUCAUUUAUAUAAUUCGUUACCAAUCCCCCAAAGAUGGAUUAGAAUUGACCAACGUAACGACCCAUGGAUUCUGAAGUACUAAGAGCAGAAGAUCGAAGUGAAUAUCUCGGAUCGGCAAUUUGGGAAAAUUGAUGAAAAUACCAAUCUCGGAUCGCAAAUAUGGGAUUUCGAAAAUAUUUAGAAAGCGGCUUUAACGUGCAGUUGUAGCUUCUAAUUAUGUCCGAUAGGCAGAUCAAAAUAUAAAUAUUUUUCCUGUAAUACAUAUGAAAUAAUUUGAUAUUUCAUUUGUAUCUAAAGAAAACGAUUGUCGUUGCUGAGCGUUUUUUAUCUAUUGCUAACUUAAGAAAAUCGGCACACGGCCGAUAGUUGAAUUUGGAGGUUAAAUUCUAGCCACUAGUAAUGAUAUUACAUUACUAACAUAUGAAGUUAAAGGUCAAACCACACUUUAACAGCGCGCUGUUACAGUAGAAAUAUUGAUAAGCCAAAGAGUAUCGUCGCGCGGCGUUAUUGUAGAUAACAUAUUGAACCCCCGGCAAAAUUUAUUUUCUUAUAGCCUGAUAUGAGCACAUAAGAAGAAUGGGAGAAAAUCUCGUGUAAAAAAUAGUGACAUUUUUAUUAUAACAAUAUUAUGUAAAUUUAAAUACAGCAAAUAUGCAAUACAAUUUUCAUGCGUGUAGGAAUUGUAUUAUAUUAAAGUUUUCAAGAUGCUUUAAGAUUAAAGUACAAUUUCCUUUUUUUAAUGAAAAUAUGAUAAAUUAUGGUCUUGCGCACAGAUAAGAGUUCAUAAAUAUUAAGCAUUGUACUAAAGGUAUUGUGACUGACACGUUUAGGCAAUUCGUGGACCAGACAUAAUACCGAAGAGUUAAUCAUAUAAACAGAAUACGUGAAAUCGACUCCCUGUGUAAGUGAAAUGGAAAUCUUUGUGCCGCAGUUAAUGCCGCACCGGACUCCUAACAGUGUGGUUUGACCCUAAAAAUUUCAGGCACCUUUGUUCCCUAUCUAAAUAAAUAUGUAUGAUGUAUCACUUACGAUACCUUUGCACUGAUGAUGGUGAUGUAUAAAUAUCGGAUAGUAAUAGUGCCGUUAGUUAUUCGAUACCAUUUUUUGGACUCUUGUAAUUAUAAUGCGUCUGUAUUUCAUUGUUGCAAUCAUUUGUAAAUAAAAUACUUUAUAUUUAA